AUUUAUAGAGCUCUAGACACUGACUGUAACCUUGGACUGUAGGGAAAGGUUUCCUCUGGCAGUAAAGAUGAGUUCACAUGGAUAGCCGACAAUAAACGGUAUCAAAGUUCAGUAGCGUUCUGAAAAACUAGGACAAUAGUGGCAGUUGGAUGGCUGGCUGCGCUCUCAGUAGAUAAAAACAAGUGGCCAUUAUAAUAGGCAUAUAAUAGGCUGGAGAGAGCUCAGUCGUACGGAUAAGAAUAACAGACUACACUUUCCAGCAGUCGGAAGGACAAUUUAUGCGUCAACAUGUUUAGCAGAUCUUUAUUACAGAUCGGACUGCGUGUUUGUACACAUGAGAAUAGGAACGGGAUUAAAAGAGUGACACCGACGUUAACCUACAUUAGUGACAGGCGGCGCGAUGCCUCUACCACUAUCGUGGGGGACAACAAUAAGCAGAAAACUAUGGAUGAUUUGGAUGGGCCUAGUUUUCUGAGAUCUUUAUAUUGGCUUUUCGGGAAAGGGUAUUUUCAAACAACACAUCAAAUGCAAAUUGAACACAGCAAGAUCUAUGGCCCUCUGUGGAAGUCAAAGUACGGGCCCUUGGUGAUAGUGAACGUGGCCAGUGCUGAGCUGAUUGAGCAGGUAUUGAGACAGGAGGGCCGCCAUCCCACCCGCAUGGACAUGCCCCACUGGAGGAGUUACCGCGAGCUGAGGAACCACGCCUAUGGGCCCCUCACAGAGAUGGGUGCUCAGUGGCAGCGGAUCAGGAGUAUCCUGAACCCGCGGAUGCUGAAGCCCAAGCAUGUCUCCGCCUACACCAACGCCAUCAAUGACGUGGUCACAGACUUCAUAGAAAAGGUGGCAUGGCUCAGGGAGACCAAGGGAGAAGGGGUCAUGGUGAACGAUCUGGCUGGAGAACUCUACAAGUUCGCCUUUGAAGGGAUCUGUUCUGUGCUGUUUGAGACCCGUAUGGGCUGUCUGAAUGAGGAGGUUCCUGAAGAGACCCAGAAGUUCAUUUUUUCAGUAGGAGAGAUGUUUCGCCUCUCCCCCAUCAUCGUUCUCUUCCCCAAGUCCACCUGGCCCUAUCUCCCUGUCUGGAAACAUUUUGUGGCUGUCUGGGAUCACCUCUUCAAAGUUGCGGAGGAGCAGGUGCGUCAGAAGAUGGAGGAGAUCCAGGAGAGGAUCUCCCUGGGCCAGCCGGUGCAAGGAGAGUACCUCACACACCUCAUUGUCAGCGAACAGAUGUCUGUCACUGAGAUACUGGGCUCCAUCACUGAGCUACUGCUGGCUGGGGUCGACACAACGUCCAACACCGUCUCGUGGUCUCUGUACCACAUGGCCCUGGAGCCAGAGAUCCAGGAGAAGCUGUACCAGGAAGUGAUCAGUGUCUGCCCGGGGGACAAGGUGCCUACUAGUGAUGACAUCGCCAGAAUGCCCUGGCUUAAGACUGUUGUCAGGGAGACACUACGGAUGUACCCAGUAGUACCCGGAAAUGCCCGCAUCAAUGUGGAAAAUGAGAUAGUCGUGGGGGACCACAUCUUCCCCAAAAAUACCCUGUUCCACCUGUGUCACUAUGCCGUGUCCUAUGACCAGACAGUGUUCCCGGAGCCCCAUGCCUUCCUGCCAGAGCGCUGGCUCCGUGGGGGCCGGGGGGAAGACAAGAAGAACCAGCACCCCUUCGGCUCCGUGCCCUUCGGUUUCGGGGUCCGGGCCUGCCUGGGCCGGAGGGUGGCCGAGCUGGAGAUGUACCUCAUCCUUUCAAGGUUGAUAAAACACUACGAGAUACGUGCAGAUCCUGCCGGAGCCACAGUUAAGCCAAUCACAAGAACCCUUCUUGUCCCUGCUACCCCAAUCAACCUGCAGUUUAUUAAUAGGACAGUCCAGUAGCAAGAGGAACCAAUGGCAGCAGAAGGAAUUUCCCUAUGAACCACAUUAGUAUCAAAGAUGGUAUAUUAUAUUGACAAGAUAAACAAGUGACCGCUGUGACAAUGGAAAUAAAUGUCCUCAAAGAUGGAGGAAGCCAGAUCAGGUGAGGCCAUUCUAGCCAAUGAAAGGGCAGAUAGGUGUGUGAACAACAGGCCAAAUAGAUAGAUAGAUAGAUAGAGGACUCAUCUUUGUAUCUGUGCUAUUAUAUAUUUAUUUUUGUUAUUUGAUUAUUUAAAAAAUCAUUUUUACCCCUUUUUCUC